AUGGCGUCACCACGAGGAGCGAUGGCUGACGGCUCUACCACACAGCAUGCCGGCCAGCCGUUACUGCUGGCGUCAACUAUCGCCGCGUUAGGAGGCCUCGGCCUGCCGCCUGACUUGGGAGGGCUUCUUUCCCGCCUCGCGGGGGGAAACUGCGGUGCUGCCGGCGGAAAUGGUUAUUUCGCGGAACAGGCGGAGCGGAAGGCGCUGGCAGAGGGAAUCGAAACUCGGUGCGGGGAUGGGGCGGAGCAGCCGCUCGCGCACGAGGCGACCGGAAGCCACCGGGAAGGGCAGGCGCACGGGGAAGAGGGAUUGGUGGAGCGGAAAGCCCCCAUUUUCCGCGUGGCCCCGCUGACGGGGCUGUCGCCUGCGCACUUGCGCGAGCACGGUGGAAGGCGGAGGCGUGGGGGGAGAGCGAGGGGGGAGAGGCGGUGGGUGGCGGAGAGGGCGAGUGAGGAGGAGAGUGUGGUGGCGGUGGGGGAGGCGGGUCUUAGGCGACUGGGCAUGUGCGCUGGGGACAUGUCUGUUAUCGGGGGUCGAGGGGCGAGGAGAGGAAAGGGGGGAGGACGGGAGGAGGAGGAACGAGGAACAGAAGACGGGGAGGAUGAGGAGGAGGAGGAGGAGGAGGAGGAGGAGGAGGAGGAGGAGGAGGAGGAGGAGGAGGAGGAGGAGGAGGAGGAGGAGGAGGAGGAGGAGGAGGAGGAGGAGGACAGGGAGGCACGGGUGGUGUAUGCCGUCGCACUAGCAGACACAAGGAGAGUUCUCUUCAGCAGCACACUGCAUCGCAUCCACGCCCCGCCCAUGCUCUCCCUUCACCCACACUCCAUUCAACCCACACUGCAUCCCACUCACACCCCACCCACACACCUCCCCACAAUCCACCACUUCUCCUUCCCCCCCACGUGCGGGCCACCAGGGGUGGGGCGGCUCACGGCAGUGCGGGUGGCGUGCCAGCGCAUGGGCGUGCACUGCGUGGAGUACUGCAGCGCCGACCUCGCCGCCUCCUCCAAUGAAAGCGCGACAGCUGGCGCGCUGCAAGCCGCGUUCGAAACAGCGAGCCGCUACUCGCCAGCAGUGCUGCUGCUGCGCCGCUUCUCCGCCCUCCUCACGCCCUCCGACGCCCCCGACGCCUCCUCCUCCGCCUCGCUGUCUCUGCUCGCCCACACGCUGCGCGCCUGCAUCCGCUCCUUCUCCCGCGCCCAUGGCCCAACCCCCCCGCACACCACACAAGCUGCACCUAGCCCUCCCCCCAGCGCUACAGCUCACGGAGAGGAAGACAUGGCGGCGGCUGUAGCGCGGGAGACGGCGGGGCUGCUGCCGCGCGACCUCAGAGCGCUGGCUGCCGACGCUGCUGCCGCCGCCAUCCGCCGCUCGCUGCCCGGUGGGGGUGCAGACAAGGGCGCUGGUGGGGUUGCGGAUGAUGGAGCUGUCGUGCAGACAGCUCUGGGCAAUGGGGGCGUAGCGGAGGGGCGGGGUGGGGAGGAUGGCAGUGCAGAGCCGAGCAGCAAUCGCGAGGGGGAGGGGGAGGCCGAGGGGGGAAUAGGGAGGGCGGAGGGAGGAGGGCUCAGGGGAGACGAUGGUGGAAGCGGAGGGGAGGGGAUGGCGGGGGGAAUGGUGGGGGGGUUGGCGGUGGGGAGGGCGGACGUGGAGGAGGCGAUGGGGGCGGUGAAGCGGCGCGUGGCGACGGUGAUCGGCACUCCCAAGGUGCCCAACGUGCGGUGGGAUGACAUUGGUGGGCUGGAGGACGUCAAGGCUGCUAUUCUUGAUACCAUCCAGCUGCCACUGAGGCACCGGCAUCUGUUUGCGUCGGGGCUGCGGCAGCGCUCUGGUGUGCUGCUGUACGGCCCGCCAGGCACAGGCAAGACGCUGCUGGCGAAGGCGGUGGCAACAGAGUGCUCUUUGAACUUCCUGAGCGUCAAGGGCCCGGAGCUGAUCAACAUGUAUGUGGGCGAGUCGGAGCGCAACGUGCGCGCCAUCUUUGCCAAGGCACGCGCCGCCCGCCCCUGCGUCGUCUUCUUUGACGAGCUCGAUGCGCUUGCACCUGCCAGAGGGGCCGCUGGGGACUCGGGUGGCGUCAUGGACCGCGUUGUCUCCCAGCUGCUUGCUGAGGUGGACGGCAUGGGGUCCACGUCAGCAUCGGAUGUGUUCCUGGUGGGCGCCAGCAACCGCCCCGACCUCAUCGACCCCGCUCUGCUGCGCCCCGGCCGCUUCGACAAGCUGCUCUAUGUGGGCGCUGGCAGCACCGCUCUGCACCGCUGCAGGUGGGGCCGCUAUGGGGAUGGCUGUGAUGGGGGGAUGGCAGGGAGGCUGCUGAGGUUCUCUCACCUCACCUCGCAUCCGUCAAUGCGUUCUUCCCACCCCACCCCCCCACCCUCCCCGCGCGCCCCACAGGGUGCUGCAGGCGCUGACACGGCGCUUCCAGCUGGCAGGGGGGUGUCGCUGCAGAGCAUAGCGGAGCGCUGCCCCGCCACGCUCACAGGCGCCGACCUCUACGCCCUCGCUGCCGAUGCCUGGCUCUGCGCUGCCAAGCGCACCGUGGGCCACGGCCAAGCACCAGGUCGCUCUGUUGCACGCUCUAAGGGUGUGGAAGGUGGAAAGGAGGGUGAAGGAGAGGAUGCAGUGGUGGUGGAGCAAGCAGACUUCCUCAAGGCCUUGUCACAGCUGACCCCCUCGUUAUCCGCGUCAGAGCUGCAUCGCUACGAGGCUUUACGAGAGCACGUCACCUUCGCGAAUGCCGGCGCGUCGGAGAAUGACGUGCGCGCGCUGCUGGACGUGCGCGCGGCGCUGAAGGAGGCGAACCCGGCGGCGCUGGAGUCGUGGUCGGACGGCACGGACCCGUGCGGGGGGUCGUGGGAGGGCACCUUCCGCUGCGACGACAACGGCCACGUCACCUUCCUGUCGCUGGAGCAGAAGCAGCUGCAGGGGCCCAUCCCCGGCGUGCAGCUCGCCGCGCUCACCUCGCUCAUCUACAUCAACCUGGGGGCGAACUCGUUCACGGGCACCAUUCCCGAGCAGCUGCUGCGACUCACCUCGCUGCAGAUCCUGUCGCUGUCGUUCAACCAGCUGUCGGGCACGCUGCCAGCGGGCUUCAGCCAGCUGCAGGCGCUCAAGCAGCUGCAAGUGGCGGGCAACCAGCUAUCGGGCGAGCUGCCAGCGUCACUCUCCUCCCUCUCCAACCUCACCCUCCUCAACCUGUGCAAGAACCAGUUCACGGGGCCCAUCCCAGGCGACUGGAGCCGGAUGACUCAAAUGGCCACCCUGCGCCUGUCGUCCAACCAGCUGUCAGGGGAGGUGCCCGCGUGGUUUGGCUCGUGGCCCAAGCUCGCUGUGCUGGAGCUGUUUGGCAACAAGCUGGGCGGCUACAUCCCGCAGGACCUCGCCCAGGCCACCGCACUCGCCUCCCUGGCGCUGGACGUGAACGAGCUGCGGGGGUCGCUGCCGGACUCCUUCAGCCGCCUCACCAAACUCCGAGAGCUGUACGUGUCGAGCAACAAGCUGGAGGGCAGCAUCCCGGCGUCCUACAGCACUCUCACUGACCUGCGAUUCAUUGAUGUGAGCUACAACGCUGGGCUGGGAGGGCCCAUCCCAGCCUUCUUUGGUGACUUUGACAACCUGGCGUCCAUAGCAAUGCAGUUCUGCUCCUUCUCAGGCCCCCUGCCCCCCUCGCUAGGCAACCUAGUCCACGUGCAGGAGGUGCUGCUAGACAACAACCAGCUGUCGGGGCCCAUCCCGGACGAGUGGGGCACGGGGCUGGAGCGCGUGGAGGUGCUGCACCUCAACGACAACCAGCUGUCGGGCAGCAUACCGGGCACGUUUUGCCACCUGGAGUACGCCAAGGACGUCAACCUGGCUCUUAACCGCCUGCAAGGGACCAUCCCCAUCUGCCUCACCUCACUGCGCCGCAUCUCCUCCCUAGUGCUGUCCUUCAACCGCCUCACCGGCCCCGUGCCACCGGUGCCAGCUGGCGUGCAGGUCUUCUUCAAGGUGAACGGCAACUGUCUAGACGGAGUGGAGGACCAGCAGUCGCCCUGCCCCGCCCCGGACGACCCUCCCCCUGCCGCCCCCAUCACACCCGAACCACCCCAGCAGCAGGAGGCAGCACCAUCGAGCUCAUCAACAUGGUCAUGGAUGAGGGGCUUCCUCAUAGCGCUGCUCUCAGCCACGUUUGUGCUGCUCCUCAUAUUCGCCUUUGUGCUCCUCGCCAAUCGCACCGACGCCCACAACGCCUCGCGCUCCGACAACUUGGCGGUGCAGGAGUACAGUCUGGGCAAGAUCAAGAAGGCAACGCGCAGCUUCACCACGGUGUACGGGCGGGGCAGCUUCGGCACCGUGUACCUGGCGGAGGACUUCCUCAGAGACCAGAUCGAGACGCGCGCCAUCAUCAAACGUGCCCAUGAUCCUGAGAAGCUGGGUGAGUACGUGUUCAAGGCGAAGGCGGACUUCUUGGCGCGGGUGAGGCACCGCAGUCUGGUGGCGCUGCUGGGGUUCUGUGUGGGCAAGGGCGAGCGCAUCCUCGUCUACGAGUACCUCCCCAACGGCUCCCUCUACGACCGCCUCCACCGCCCGGACCUGGAGCCGAUCCCGUGGGACACGCGCGUGCGCAUCGCAGCGAACGUGGCGUCGGCGCUGAGCUACCUGCACCACUGCUGCCACCCGCCCCUCGUGCACCGCGCCGUCACCUCCUCCAACAUCCUGCUCACCUUCGACAUGUCCGGCAAGCUGUCUGACUUUGGGCUGGCCCGGGGCGGCUCCCCCGCGGUGUUUGACGACGGCUCCAAGCGCCGCCGCCCCAACAAGCCCGCGCGCACACGCAGCGGGGGGGUGGCGGAGGGCGAGGGGAGCGAGGGUGGGGAAGCGGGGGAGGAGGGGCAGAGCGCGUUGCAGGGGGGCGAGUUGGAGAAGGUGGAUGUGUAUGGGUUUGGAGUGGUGCUGCUGGAGCUGAUCACGGGGCAGAAGGCCAUGAAGGAGGUCCACAUCACCAGCCUCGCGGCGCCAUUCCUGGAGGACGCGCAGAUGAUGCCGCUGAUGGUGGAUGCAGCGCUGGGGGGAUUCUUCGACCAGGCGGAGCUGAUAGCACUGGGCACCAUCGCCCGCGACUGCGUCAAGGAGGACCCCUCCGCGCGCCCCUCCAUGCGCGACAUCGUGCGCACCAUGCAGGCACAGCUCGACCUCGAGGCCGACCUCUUUGCCGCGCCAGCUGGCGUGGCCGGUACGGAUGACCUGGACCGGGGAGACGGGGGCGAUGGAGUGGCCAACUCGAGUGGAUACGCGCCGGUGGGCGGUGGUGGUGUGCUGGCCUCCGCAUGGGUCUCGUUGGAAAAUGUUGCCUCCUCCGUUCGCACAGCCCUGACCAGCCCCCGAACGCCACAGCCAGGCAACGAGAGCGCGGCCGAUCCCACGGAUGUGGAGAUGUCCUCCUUGUUGCUCAUUGCACCCCGUGCUGCACGUCGUGGGGGCGGCUCGGAGACGGAGAGCGCAGACGGAUCGAGCAGAAGCGAGAAGCGAUCGCUGGCGAAGGAAGUUACAGCGCUUCGACGACAGCUCGCGGAGUUUCAAGCUGCGAAUCAGGACCUUCUAGACGAGUUGGACCGCAAGUCGCUGGCGGUGGCGGCGGCGGAGGAGGCGGUGCGGGACGCACGGGCGGAGCGCGACCUGAUGGCGGCGGAGAUGGAGGCGGCGCUGGGCACGUGGACGCUGGCCGUGGACGAGGCCAAGGAGGCGGCGCACGCAGCGGAGGCGGCGAGGGAGCAGGUGGCGGAGCUGGAGACGGAGAACAAACGCCUGUGGCAGCUCGUGGAACUCAUCCUGGAGCAGAAGGACAAGGCCGCGCUGGACGGCGCUGAUGGCAGCGCUGGGAAAUUCGACCCCACCACCAAUGCACGCAUCAUGAAGGUGCUGGAGUCGGUGAAGAAGCCAAGCCACAGGAGCUCAGCGUCCCCCAGCCGGCCGGCCACGGGCAGCAGCAGCAGGCGGGGGGGCAGUGGGGGGUCCAGGGAGUCAUCGUCCAAGGCGACAGGGGACUCGGAGAGGACGGGCGAGGGUAUGGCGACGGCGUCGCAAUCGCCGCCUAAUGCGGGCAGCACGCCACGUGUCAUAAAGCUGGAGGCGAUCCCGCUGACCCGCGAGGCGUUCGCGCCGUUCGGAGAGGUGGUGGAGCCCGCGGAGGACGGCGUCGCGUUCGGCGCGGCGGACGCCGCCCUCGACCUCUCGCAGGGCGCGCCCAGGGUGUACAUAAUGCGGCUGCGGGAUCGGAAGCUGGGAUUCAACAGUAUCACUCACCACGCGCGCGUGACGCAGUGCCUGGGCGCCGUGGGCGGGCAGCCGUGGUUCCUGGGCGUGGCGCCGCCCUCCCUCGUGCAUGGAGAUGAGGACGGCCGUGAGGGUGGCGCUGAUGGGGCGGUGGAGCAAGGGGCGGCGGGGCAGAGGUACCGGCCCCCAGAGGUGGGGGCAGUGAGGGUGUUCCGCAUGGAGGGCGCGGUGGUGGUGAAGCUGCACGCGGGCACGUGGCACGCCGGGCCGCUCUUCACACAGCCCUGCAUGGACUUCUUUAACCUCGAACUGCACGACACCAACGUGGUGGACCACACAACGCACAGCUUUGCAGACAGCAACGGCGUGGUGUUUGAAUUUGACGAUGCACGAUCGUGA